GUAGUAGGAUUUGUAAAUUUGGUACUGCCGCUGCAGCUGACUUUUGAGUGAAUGUGGAAAUGGCAGCGGGCGGAUCGUACAGUAUAGUGGAGUAUUUCGGGGGAGAUGAUGGCUAUCGCUGCGGUUACUGUAAAAAUGAAAAGGGCAGUUUCUCGAACGGCAUGUGGUCCCACACUAUGACAGUUCAAGACUAUCAGGAUCUCAUUGACAGAGGAUGGAGAAGAAGUGGCAAAUAUGUUUACAAGCCUAUUAUGAAUAAGACCUGCUGCCCACAGUACACCAUCAGGUGCCAUGCUUUGAACUUCCAUCCAUCGAAAACUCAUAAAAAGACCUUGAAGAGAAUGAACAAAUUCCUUUCCAAAGGAGAGAUGCCAGAGGAACAGCAUGAUGGGGGCAAUGAAGGUGUUUUAGAAGACAUCAAAGGUCACCUAAAGCCUCUCUCCUCCAUGUUUCAGAGGACAGUGGCUAUAGCUGCAGGAAAAACCCAGUCGUUUUUGGCAGGGGAGCCCAUGGACUCUGUGCACGAAGAAGGGGUAAGACCACCUCCUCAAGACCCUCUGAAAAUAGACCACACUGAUGUAAAGGACAUCACCAGCAACCCUGACCCAGACACCAAAUCAGCCUCUCCAUCAACACCCAGAAAAGAUUCGACACCGACCCCAUCGGAGAAACCCUCACAUGUCGCGCCCAAAUCAGGUAAAGGAGCCGAUCCCAACAGGCCGCCGUGUAGAAAAGCCAAGGAUAUCCGAAAAGAGCGUCGACUUCAAAAAGAGCAACAGAAGCAGUCAGAAGGAGCAUCCACCUCUCUGAAUCCCACCCCAAUGGAGUCUACAUCUACUCAGCCCAAAUCACUGGAGGAGUUUAUCUCCGAGUCUUUACCCACCGACCCUCUCCACCGGUUAGAGGUGAAGUUAGUGCCGGUCAGCUUCGAGGACCCCGACUUCCUGGCGUCCCUCGAGCAGUCGGCAGCGCUCUAUGCCCGCUACCAGAUGACCGUUCAUGGCGAUGCUCCUAGCGAGUGUGGGGAAAGCGAGUUUAAGAGAUUCCUGUGUGAUUCGCCUUUAGAGGCCGAGACAGCUCCUGAUGGUCCAGAUGUGGGCUAUGGCUCAUUCCAUCAGCAGUAUUGGCUGGAUGGCAGAAUAAUAGCCGUCGGGGUGCUUGACAUCCUUCCUUAUUGUGUGUCGUCCGUGUACCUCUACUAUCACCCGGACUUCUCUUCGCUCUCAUUGGGCACUUACUCCGCUCUCAGGGAGAUUGCCUUUACCAGGCAGUUAAAGAAGCAGUCGCCAAAACUUUCUUACUACUAUCUGGGUUUCUACGUUCAUUCUUGUCCCAAGAUGCGCUAUAAGGGUCAGUACAGACCAUCAGACCUCCUGUGUCCUGAGACGUACGUUUGGAUGCCCAUCGAGAGGUGCAUCCCUCGCCUUGACGUCUCUGUCUACUCCCGCCUCAAUGAAGACACCAAAGCUGGUAAGCUUUGCGUAGAAAUGUAA